AUGUCCCGGAGUGAAGACGCCGGCGAGGAGCUCACGGAGGUCUUCAACGAUCUCUGGCGCCUCGACGUCAACCGCCUCAGACCGGGGACGGAUUACAUCAUCGACCUCCAAGUACGAUACGAUACUAAAGAGAGAGAGAGAGGAGAAGUAACCAGUGCAGGGAGUAAUGUGAGGCAGUGUUUCUCAACCAGUGGGCUGGGGUACUUUGUUGUGCCGUAA